UCUCUCUCUCCGUUCUUUUAUGUUAUUUGGGGACAGACCAGAAUCUAAGAGAGACUGGACAAGCAUCUGAAACAAGUAUCUGCAGGGAGAUAUUUUUCUUUCCUGUGAGCAACAGCAGCUUCCUCUGGACCUGGCUGGAGCCCAGCUCAGAUCAGCCCAUCUGUUAGCAAUGAAUGCAUCUGCACCGUGCUGCCUGCUGUCUGCCCAGCCAACGCUGCCUAACAGCUCGGAGCCCCUUGCGGCCCCUUCCUUCGGCAACCAGAGCAGCGGCGGGCUCUGCGAGCAGGUCUUCAUCAAACCUGAGGUCUUCCUGGUGCUGGGCAUCAUCAGCCUGCUGGAAAACAUCCUAGUCAUCCUGGCUGUGGUCAGGAAUGGCAACCUGCACUCCCCCAUGUACUUUUUCCUCUGUAGCCUGGCGGUGGCCGACAUGCUGGUGAGCGUGUCCAACGCCCUGGAGACCGUCAUGAUUGCCAUUGUCAACAGCAACUACCUGAGCUUCGAGGACCAGUUCAUCCAGCACAUGGACAACGUCUUCGACUCCAUGAUCUGCAUCUCUCUGGUGGCCUCCAUCUGCAAUCUGCUGGCCAUCGCCGUGGACAGGUACGUCACCAUCUUCUACGCGCUCCGCUACCACAGCAUCAUGACGGUGAGGCGGGCUCUCGCCUUGAUCGCGACCAUCUGGGCGUGCUGCGGCGUCUGCGGAGUGGUGUUCAUCAUCUACUCCGAGAGCAAGAUGGUCAUCGUGUGUCUCAUCACCAUCUUCUUCGCCAUGCUGCUCCUCAUGGGCACACUGUACGUGCACAUGUUCCUCUUUGCCCGGCUGCAUGUCCGGCGCAUCGCGGCACUGCCGCCAGCCCAUGGAGCGGCCCCGCAGCAGCACUCGUGCAUGAAGGGGGCCGUCACCAUCACCAUCCUGCUGGGGGUCUUCAUCUUCUGCUGGGCCCCCUUCUUCCUGCACCUCAUCCUCAUCAUCGCCUGCCCCACCAACCCCUACUGCGUCUGCUACACCGCUCACUUCAACACCUACCUGGUCCUCAUCAUGUGCAACUCCAUCAUCGACCCCCUGAUUUACGCCUUCCGCAGCCUGGAGCUGCGCACCACGUUCAAGGAGAUUCUCUGCAGCUGCCAUGGCAUGAACUUGGGAUAGGAUGCCAGGGCCAUGGACAUAGUCCUCAGUCCGGUCACUCUUGCCCCCCACCCCCACCAUCCAGACAAGGUGUUUAGAAAGAAGAAGAGGGGGAAGGAAAUACUUAGAAGACAUAAAAAUGUGUUAACAGCCAUGAUCACACACAUCUUUUGUUUUUAGGCUUGCAAAGCCUUUUGAAGGAGAAAACGGUAUGUAACAAGCUUUCUGAAAGUAUCCAAUGUGGGUAAGUGACAAACUCUGAUUUCCCAAUUAGUUACUGGGGGAAGCCGUGAAGGCUGCUGCGUGCUACCUGUGUUCACGUCCAUGUCCCCGGGGCUUGUAAUGCCUGCCUGCUCACCCACUUCUAAGCCUUGAUUCAGGCUCCAAGUCGGACCAAACGGCAGGAUUCUCCUUAACAGCGAGCGUGGUUCUGAUCUCUCCCAAGAAAACCUGUUAGAGCUGCCGACCUGCCAGCUGCUCAGAUAUGGCUUUGUCAUUUUUCAUAACAGACUGAGUUUCUAUUCUAGUCCUCUAUUUACACUAAAACAAUCUCCUAAAGACAGUGAACUCCUUGUGAAAGAAGCAAAGCUGUGCUGUUUUUACCGCCUCCUUACCGGCGCCAGCCUCCCGCUGAAA